UGCGGCGCAGACUAGUCUAAAACAAACUGCCACAACGAUGGAUUCAUCGGCCAGUGCAAAUAUUCCAUGCACGCUAUCUACCCAUUACGGUAAAGACGCUUCCAAUUUAGACGGGGGGUACCCGACGCUUCCCAUGCAGGACACGACGCCUCGUACUGCGCCACCUCCGUAUACUGAUCACCCACAGCCUCAAUCUGCAUACCCCCACCCGCCACAAGAUGCUAACACCGGGUACCCACACCCGACCGCCGGGUACCCGCAUCCUCAAACUGGCCCGACAGUGCACCCAACAGCGCCUGGAGCCACCGUGAUCGCCGGACCGACCAUCAUCGUUCAAACUGUCGUGGGGCCAGAGUCUACCCGCACGACGUGCCGCAAUUGUAAUGCACAAAUAUCCACAAGGAUUGACAGGAAACCGACGAUGAAGACGCAUCUCAUGGCGAUGUUACUCUGUGUACUUGGGUGCUGGUGCUGCGUGUGUGUGCCGUAUUGCAUGGACUCCUGCCUCGACGUUGACCACUACUGCCCUAAUUGCGGAGCCUUUGUUGGAUCUUACACACAAUAAAGUCGCUUCACGCUAUAGUUAAAUAAAUAUUUUUAAUACUAUGUUUAAUAC